CGUCUGCUGUAAGCCCAGCGAUAAGGUGGUCGCCAGCAUACACAACGCAAACACAGAGACACACAUACGCAAAUAGCAAGCAACACCCAACAACCAAUACACACUCACGCAUUUUGCCGAUUCGUUAAACGAUCGUCGUCGCUCGCUCGUUCGCUUCGUGCUUCGGGAAACGUUUAAUCGCAGUGCAUUCAGAACCUGACAGCCAUUCGCUUGCCGUAACUUGUAGCGUGCGGUUGGUUCUCUCUCUCAAUCGAGCGGAACUCUAGAAAAAACAAACUCUCAAAGCAAAUAAUCUUUCGACGUAUUUACGUAGUUUCGUCGUUGCGCGAAAGUGAAAAGAAGUGAUCUAAAAACUGAAUAAAAUAAAUAAGAAACUGUUACAUUAUUACAACUAAGCAGAGCAACAAACUAAGAAAAGUGCGCAGCAAAUAAUUGCAUUUGCUGCUAGUGACAAAAGGAAACAAGAAACACUAUCAAACUGUGUCUAAAACUGCAUAAACAGUAUAUAGCCGAUAUCGAAAUGGUUACCGGCGUUACCGUAAACAUGAACGCCAAUGUUAUGGGCACCGCCGUGGUGCCCUCCCAGCUGAAGGAGACGCCGCUCAAAAGCGAUCGUCGGUCGAAUAAGCCAAUUAUGGAGAAACGUCGUCGUGCUCGCAUCAACAAUUGCCUGAACGAACUGAAGACUCUGAUUUUGGAUGCCACCAAAAAAGACCCGGCGCGUCAUUCCAAGUUGGAAAAGGCCGAUAUUCUGGAGAAGACAGUGAAGCAUCUGCAGGAGCUGCAACGUCAACAAGCUGCAAUGCAACAGGCAGCAGAUCCAAAGAUUAUCAACAAAUUCAAGGCCGGAUUUGCCGAUUGUGCCAAUGAGGUGAGCCGCUUUCCUGGCCUGGAGCCCGCACAGCGUCGCCGUCUGCUGCAGCAUCUGAGCAACUGCAUCAAUGGGGUCAAGACUGAACUGCACCAUCAGCAGCGUCAACAGGCUCAAUCCCUGCACGCCCAAGUAGUGUUGCCCUCGCCGCCCAGCUCGCCGGAACAGGAGCCACCAGCAACAGCAACUGGAGCUGGCAGCAGCAACAUCACAGCAGCAGCACCCUAUCUCUUUGGCCAGAUCCAGCAGAAUGCAAAUGGUUAUUUUCUGCCCAAUGGCAUGCAGGUGAUACCCACAAAGUUGCCCAACGGCAGCAUUGCUCUCGUGCUGCCCCAGAGCUUGCCACAACAGCAGCAGCAACAGUUGCUGCAACAGCACCAGCAACAACAGCUCGCUGCCGCCGCCGCAGCCGCCGCAGCAGCAGCCGCACAGCAAUCACCGAUGUUGGUAUCGAUGCCACAGCGCACCGCAAGCACAGGAUCCGCCAGCUCACACUCAUCGGCGGGCUACGAGUCCGCACCGUGCAGCAGCAGCAGCAGUGGCAGCUAUGCUCCUCCCAGUCCCGCCAACUCCGCCUAUGAGCCGAUGGACGUGAAGCCAUCGGUGAUACAGCGUGUGCCCGGCCAUGUGCAGGCGCAUCUGGAGCAGCAGCCACUGUCGCUGGUCAUCAAGAAGCAGAUCAAGGAGGAGGAGCAGCCCUGGCGGCCCUGGUAAUUCAGCCAGGCAGGCUGUUGGUUCAGUUCUUGAAUCUCCUCCCCGCUUUAAAGACUGAUGGGCGUAGCACACACACACGCACACACACACACUCACACACCCUCACACACAUACAUGCGCAUGCGUUGAUAGCAUGCGCAGUUGACAUUUCACCACAUUUCGCCAGGAUAACGCAAAUGUUGCUUUGAAGUGUUCCGAGCAUGCGAAACUCCUUUUUUCUGUCUCCAAUUCGCUAAGCAAUUUUCCAAAUAUGGAAAACGCCCUGCGAGUUGGCAACAGAUUCAUUAAAAGAAAAACAAACACACACACACGCACAACACCACACAACACAUAAAUUGUUAUAAAUUAUUUAUUAUUAUUAUUAUAUUAUUGUGAAGUCAUUUCUCAAAUGGUAUUCUGCAUAUCGCCAAACUACCUCAGUCCAAGUACUUGGUGUUGAAUUGCCUCAUGAAUCAUGUAUUAGAAUUUUGUUUUAUAAUUUCACGCUCUGUUUGAAAAACAACAACAACAACAACAACAACAACAACAAUAACAAUAACAAACAGAACAAAGCAAUGAAAUCUUCAAUGUCUUCCACAAAAGCGCAAAACGUAUUGUUUUUGUUUAAAAGUCAGACGAAAGUUGUUGACAAAAACUUAAUCAUAAUUAUUAUGCCUUAUAUCUCUCCACUUAAAUAUAGUUUUAUUAGUUUUCAUCUAGUAUAUCGUUGUAUUUAAGGUUUUCUCUUGUUUCUAAUUAUAAGAAAGUAUAUAUAUAUGGAUAUCUAUUUGUAAGACCACGUGAUAUAGUGAACAUAAUGAGCGUCUAAGAGAAUGAAAAAAACAAGAAUUU